AUGCACCUGAUUGAGGUGUUGGAGCUGGAUGCCGGUUCGGGGAUACCGCUGGAGACGGUCGGGUCAGCUUACACGCCCCAAGGCUCCGAGCAAGGAGAUGAGUCUUCGCUGGACGACUCGGAUUACGACGACCUGUUUUCGGACGAGGACGAGGACAUGAGGGACCUCGAGAGCGACACGGAUCCGGAGGACGACGAGAGCGUGCUGGACGGCGUCCCCCCCGAGGUGACCAUUCCCCAGGCGCAGCUGGACAGCAUCCUGGGCCAGAUGGCCGUCAUUGUGCCGUGCAAGGGCGAGGACCCCAACACGAUCGAGGGCGUGCUCUCGGGCAUCCCCCGCGGGUGUCUGAUUGUGCUGGUGUCCAACAGCGAGGGGCGGGCGUACAGAAAGGAGGUCAUGAUGCUUCGCAAGUUCUGCCGCCACGCCCGGCCCGCCUUGGCGAUCCACCAGAGCGAUGCCGCGGCGGCAGCAGCCUUCAACAUGUAUGGCCUGCCCGACCUGGUCACGCACGUGGCCGGCGGGAGCCACAAGCGCAUCCGCAAUGGAAAGGGGGAGGGCAUGAUGCUUGGCAUUGCCCUGGUGGCUGCUCUGUGCCCCCAGCGCCGCUAUGUCGCCUUUGUCGACGCCGACAUCACCGUCCCCGGCGCCGUCAACGAGUACUGCCGGGCCUUUGCCGCCGGCUUUGCCCUCAACCCCAACCCGGGCACCGAGACCAUGGUGCGCCUGCGGUGGGCGUCCAAGCCCAAGGUCAGGAACGGCGAGAUCGACUACACGUGCGAGGGCCGGAGUUCGCAGGUGGUCAACCGCUGGCUCAACAAGCUGCUGUCCGCCAUGGCCGACGCCGACCCAACCGGCAGCCUGGCCGCCGCCCGUGACAGCGAGAUUAUCGUGACGGGCAACGCCGGCGAGCACGCCAUGACCAUGGACCUCGCUCUGAGCUUGCGGCUCGCCAACGGCUACGCCAUCGAACCGUUCCAUUUUGUGGAGCUGCUGGAUCAAUUGGCCCCGCAGAAUGCUGCUGGUGGUGCUGCUGCUGCUGCUGCUGGUGGUGCUCAUGCCGGCUAUAACGCGUCGGGCCGGGUGCCAAAUCUGCAGCCCGUCACCAUCAUGCAGAUUCGCACCAGGAACCCGCAUUUCCACCGGGUAACCGAUGAUUCACAUGUGCGCUCCAUGUGGGCGAGCGGGUUAGGGUCCAUUUACCACCAUCUGCCCGCUUCCUUGAACAGCAGCACGACGCAAACACCACCACAACCACAACCACAAUCAUUACCACCAUCACCACCAUCAUCAUCAUCUUCUUCUUCUUCUUCUUUGACGGCUUUCUCCUCCAAGAGCUUUGCGCGUGGCGAGAAGCUGCGUGGAGACAUCUUGGAUUUCCUGGCCGACAACCACGAAGAAAACGAUAACUCCAAGGGAGAGCUGGUCCAUGAGCCACCACGGCCACGCAUUUACCCGCCAGUGCGCCAGUUGGACCUCGACGGGUUCCGAGAAAUGGUGAGGAGCGAGCACAAGACGCUCUACUGUCUGAACCUCCCGCAUUUCAAGCUUCCGAGGCCAAACACCAUUGCGCCUGUGUAUCACCACCAGUACGGAGUCACGCCACCAUUGUGA